GGCGGCAUGGUGACGCUCUUCACGACGCUCGUGUACUGCGCCGCGGCGGCGAUCGAGCGUAAGAAAUCGAACGACGCGGUGCGAAAAGGGUCGUGGCGAAACUACCUCAUCCUCGCCGCGAUAACCACGGGGAGCAUGUGGAUCACGAACGCGGCGAUGCAGUACUUAAACUACACGACGCGCAUCGUCGCGAAGAGCUCGAAGGUGAUCCCGACGAUGAUCUUGGGGACGUUCAUGCAAGGCCGGACGUACGGUCGCGACGAGUACGGUUGCGCGAUCCUCCUCGUCUGCGGCAUCGCGUUGUUCACGAUGGGCGACGUGGACGCGGCGCCGAGCUUCGACCCGACCGGCGUGGUGAUGAUCUUCGUCGCGCUCUUCCUCGACUCCGCCGCGGGGAACUUCGAGGAGCGG